CACAUCGACAAGAGUCCUCUGUCCAUAGCUGCAGCUAUGAGCUUCGCUGUGACCAGAACAAACCGGUCCUUCAUCGUUCCAUGCGAGGCGACGCCGAGAGGCUCGCUCGGCCUCUCCGUCAUCGACCGGGUGCCCGGCCUCAGGCAUAUGGUGCGGUCGCUCCACGUGUUCAGGCACGGCCGGGAGCCGGCCAGGGUCAUCGGGGAAGCACUGUCGAAGGCGCUGGUGAAGUACUACCCCUUUGCCGGGCGGUUCGUGGAAGAUCCCGACGACGGCGGCGAGGUUCGUGUCGCUUGCACUGGCGAGGGCGCUUGGUUCGUCGAGGCCAAGACGGACUGCAGCUUGGAGGACGUGAAGUACCUCGACCUCCCGCUCAUUAUCCCUGAGGACGCACUCCUGCCCAAGCCCAGCCCGGAACUGAACCCCCUCGACCUCCCUCUCAUGAUGCAGGUGACAGAGUUCGGGGGCGGUGGAUUUGUGGUCGGCCUCAUCUCCGUCCACACCAUCGCCGACGGCCUCGGCGCCGCCCAGUUCAUCAACGCCGUCGCCGAGAUCGCCCGCGGCCUGCCGAAUCCCACCGUGGAGCCUGCAUGGUCCCGGGAGGUCAUACCUAACCCACCUAAGCUGCCUCCCGGUGGCCCGCCCGUGUUCCCUUCCUUCAAG